GGUCGAUUAUUGGCAGCACGAGCAUCACAAUGCGAUGAUGCUACGCUGUGUGAACGUUUGCGAACGGACGCAAAAGCGUCGCUGCUGGGAGCUCUCGCUAUUGCCCCAUCGCACAUCUCAUCGCUGCGACAUUUGGCCAGCAUUUAUAGAGCCGAAGGAAACAGGCGUAUGGCCGAAAAAAUGCUACGGUUAUUUCUUGCAUAA